GUCCUUCGAGCCGGAUAAUUUCUCCGCCGCUGAUUUCCACCUGUCCGACCUUCGCCGAAUGAGCUUGCUGGCUGCAAGAAUGCGGAGAGCGUUAGUUUGUCAGCUCAUAGCCGAGAGCCGAGCCCAGCCUACUUUGGCUUAUUCGAAUUCUUCGUCGCCGUCAGUUUCGCUCCAGCAGGCGUUGGAAACGCCGGGUCGACGAUCUUCCUUCCGCCGGAUUUCAUUUGUUUUCAUUCCGGUCGCGGUGUGCCAAGGAACAGUUUGACAGUUUCGCACGUGGACUUGGAAAGCACCGCUUGCUGUGCGCAAAGUGAUACGAAAGUGACAGCAGUAGAGUAAAAUUCUAAGAAAACGGUGUAAAACAACUUUGGCGCAAAGUUUUACGUUUAAACUGUGAAAGAAGUUCUGCCAGUUCCUGUUCACAGAAAAGAGUAAAAAGACUCACAAGCGAGGCUCACACAAUGACGAUACGUCGCUACACACUCCCGCCUCUACUGCUACUAUGCUUCACCGUAGUGACGCGAGUGGUGUGCAGUCCUGAUGGGGCCCCAACGCGAGCCUGUGCCACGAUGACCCCAUUCCACGGGGGCGGCAUCCCCCCUCAGCCGGGCCUGUCCCCUUACUCAGUGGUGGCGCGUAGGAGGGGUGGCAAGGUGCACGUAUCUGUCGGAUCUGCGCUUGGGGUGCCGAUCGCGGGUAUUAUGAUGCAGGCUAGAACACCAGCUGGAGAGGUGCUAGGUGCAUUCGAGGCAGUUGAUCCUGAUCAUGCGCACACCAUAAACUGUGUCCAGCGAAGCGACACAGUGACACACAACAGUCCCGAGGAGAAAGAUCACAUAGACGUCGACUGGACACCUCCCAGGGGAUACGAAGGGCCUGUGGUCUUCAAUGCCACCAUAGCCCAAGCUUACGACACGUUCUGGGUGGGUCAGUCCUCCCCUGUGUUACAAUACACCUCCAACGGGCAAGAUGACCUCCUUCCAGAUCGACCUUUUAGACCUCCUUCUCUACAACCUACGACUUACACGCCCUUCUUCAACCGCGUUCAACAGCAAACUGCCUUCACGGAGUUCGAUUCCUUCUAUAAUGGCUGUGGCAGCACCAAGCUGUGCUUUGGGUUUCCGGAGGGAUGCGUCCAGUCCAAGGGAUGCACUGCUGCUGUAGCUGUCACUGUCAUAGGAGACAGAUAUGACUACGAGCUGAAGGUAGAUAGAAGUGACGCAAUCUGGGUAGCAGUAGCCCUGUCUGAAGAUACGAAAAUGGGUGACGAUUCUGUCAUGUCGUGUGUCAAGACGAACAGAGGAGUGGACGCGUACAUGGAAUGGACAUAUCCUGGUUACAGGGUUGAAAGAAUUAGAAAUGCCCAACACCAGAUUGAAUUGUUGAACUCCAGCGUUAUCAAUGGACAAAUCUACUGCAGAAUCAGGAGAAAUGCUGUCACUGUUGUCAAUGGCAAAACGUUUGAUCAACUGCGAGAUACAUACAAUUUACUCGUAGCAGCUGGUACUGAUUUAAAACCAAACUCGGUGGGAUACCAUACGAUCGGCAAAGCAGCAUCAGCAGAAAAACGGAGUCUUGCAGAUGUCUCCGCGGUAUCUGGAGCGUCCAAGAUUCUGGUUAGGUUGCAUGGUUCGUUCAUGUUGGCAGCCUGGAUUGGUACUGCUAGCAUCGGAAUCCUCCUGGCUAGGUACUACAGGCAGACCUGGGUUGGCACGACUAUGAUGGGGAAGGAUCUGUGGUUUGCGUGGCACCGAGUGUUGAUGGUUCUAACCUGGCUGUUAACCAUGGCAGCUUUCGUGCUGAUUUUCGUGGAACUAAAAGCAUGGUCUGCAGAAAGGAAUCCGCAUGCUAUCUUAGGAACGAUAACGACAAUACUCUGCUUUUUCCAACCGAUAGGAGCAUAUUUUAGACCACAUCCAGGGACAAGUAAAAGACCCAUAUUCAAUUGGGCUCAUUGGUUUGCCGGUAAUGCUGCCCAUAUCGUAGGAAUUGUUGCCAUAUUUUUCGCCGUGAAGCUGUCCAAGGCUGAGUUACCGGACUUUUUCGACUACAUAAUGGUUGCCUAUGUGGUUGUUCAUGCUAUCACGCAUCUAUUACUAUCGCUGUUAAACUGUAUAUCGGAUAAGUCGUCUGAGAGUAGAGUGUCAUCCUUCCCGAUGAAAGAUAUUGGACUUGGAAGAAACUCUGGCUACUUAGACAGGAGCCUGGAUGCACCGUUUUCUCCACUUCGUAGAUUGAUACUAGGGGUCUACAUAGUGCUUGUUGGGGCUCUACUUCUUGCCCUGAUAAUCAUCACAGCGUUAGCGCCUAUAGAAGAUACAUGGACUAAUCUGAGAACAUCUAUGAAAUCCAACAACUGAAAAAAGACGUAAACCAAAGCUGAUAUGCAAUCUGCCUUUUUUGUACAUAAUUGAGACCAUUUUCAUACUUAUACUUACCAUACAUUGCUAUACAUGGAGGUAUUUUACCGGUUUGAGAUUAUAAGCUAUACAUUUCCUGAGACAUUGGACGUAUUAUGUCUUUGAAAUUGUAAAAAACUAUACAGGGUGUUUCAGUUUAUUGUUGCAUAACUUCAAGAUUCGAUAGAACUUUUAAAAUUAAUGCAUAAAGUCUAUAUAAACAUGGGUCGAAAAAUGCGUGGCUUCCGAAAUACAGGGUGUUUAAAUUUACUUUCUAAAAUAGUUUUUUUUAAAUAUUUCGAACAAUAUUUGAUGUAUAAUAGUGAACAUUGGUAUACAAGGGUUUUUUGGUACGACAAAACGAACCAUGGGCAUAGUUUUACUGUAGCCGCUAGAGGGCGCUCUCUACUGUACCUGUAGUGUAUUAAAAUGACCGAAAAUUUUUUCUUAGUGGAAUUUUUUGCUUUUUGAAUAAAAAAACUGAUUCUUCGCACUUUUCAACAUAAAAAAGCUCUCUUGUAAGUUUUCGUUAUAGUUAGCCGUUUUUUAAUAUUUCGAUUUUUAAGGUUCGAUGCAUUUUUAAUUAUUUAUGGGAAAAUAAUAUUUUUUUUUAAAUUUUCGAUUUGGGCAUUACAAGUAAUUAAGAUGAUCGUUUAGAUUGUGCUUUUAAACACAGCAAUAAUUCCUAACUCCAAAUAAACACAAAAAACAGAAUAUUAAUUUGUUUAAUUUUCCAAUAUUAUUUUUAACAAAUGAAAUUAAUUUUUACAACUAAAAUCCUAUUGGAUAGUUAGGACAAACAUACAAAAUCUAAAGUAGUUGCUCGAAAUGUAAACCCAAUUGUUCAAUAAACAGUUCACAUCUACGAAUGAUCGAACUUGGUAUAGCAUUAUUCAAAUAAGGCCUUAUUUCAUCACAUGCAUUCCUGAUUCUGUCUAUUAGCAUAUCUCUUGUGGUUACGGGAGUCUGGUACACUUUUUCUUUUAGAAAUCCCCACACAAAGAAAUCUAAUGGAUUUAGGUCAGGGGAUAGUGGAGGCCAGGCGACUGGUCCUCCACGGCCGAUCCAUCUUUCUGGAUAAUUUUCGUCCAGCCAGUUUCUAACUAUUCUCGAAUAAUGAGCUGGACAACCAUCAAGCUGGAACCAGGCCAAUCUUCUUAAUUCUAACAUAACAUCAUCCCACAUAUUAGCAUGUUCAGCCUUUAAAAAUUCCAAGAAGGUCGCAGCAUUUAACCUUGCAGGCAAAAGGUAGGGUCCAAAUAGUCGAUUACGGUAGAUACCAAUCCACACGUUCACACUAAAUUCAUGCUGAAAAUUUAUUUUCCGAACUGCAUACUUUCAAUUUCAAAAAUAUUUGCAGGCACAGCCUACUUCUAAAAAUUAUCGAGAUACUGACUUUUU